AUGUUAGACUUAGGAGACUCGAUUAAUGUCAUGUCAAAAUUCAUAUAUGUUUCUUUGAACUUAGGCUCUUUAAAGAAGACUGGGAUAAUAUUCCAACUAGCUGACCGAACCAAUGCAUACCCUGAUGGGUUGGUUGAAGAUGUUUUGAUAAAAAUUAAUGAAUUAGUUUUCCCAACUGAUUUUUAUGUGCUUGACAUGGAUGAUGAACACUCCCACGAACCAUCACCCUUGCUGUUAGGUAGACCCUUCUUGAGUACAACUCGAACCAAAUUUGAUGUUAAUAAGGGCACCCUGUCCAUGGAAUUUGAUUGUGAGAUUGUUCAUUUUAACAUCUUUGAAACCAUGAAAUAUCCUUCAAAUUCAAAUGUCAGCUCUAUUUUCUCUGUAAAUUCAAAUGCUAUUGACCCUGCGGUACAGGAGGUUUUUGAAAUUGAAGGUAGGGAUGAGUUAGAAGUCGCCUUGAUCAGGCACUUUGAGUCAGAGACGACCUCUGGGGUAGAGUUGAGUGAAAAUCUCAAAUGUGUGAUUGGAACGUUGCAGUCGUUGCCAACCACGAAAACAAGCUAUGGUCUCGCUCCUAUUUUCAUACCUGAAUCUCACCAAAAAUUACUUCCAUCUGUGGUGCAGGCACCUAUCUUGGAAUUGAAUCCCCUGCCGAAACACCUGAAAUAUGCAUACUUGGGUGAAGGGGAAACACUCCCAGUGAUCAUCUUCGCGAGUUUAUCAAAGGUUUAA